GCGAGAGGUCGUGUCUUCAGGAACUGCUGGUGAACCGUUGCGGAUGCUGCGAUGUGACGUUGCCGUGUGAUGCCGCGGCUCUCGGCCUCAUCCUGGAAACCGUCCCUCCCAUCCCAUUCCCACAGUGCAACCUCAGAGAUUCAGAUUCCUGUGGGACGGCCGUCGUGAAGAUGGUUGAGGAAGAAGACACUACUUGUCAAACACGGUGUACACCGAACUGCAGAGACGAAUCGUACCAGCAGGAAAUCUCGGCAUCCAUGUGGCCCGCGGCAAACCACAUCCCCAAACUGGCAGAAUCUUUCGUGUCUCAGCUGAUCGCAAGCGGCAGGAAGGUGCCGAUCAGUGAAAGUUCUUCUGCUACAGAGAAGGAGGAAUUUUUCAGGCGGAAUGUAAUGUCUGUGAACAUUUUCUACAAAACGCUUAACUAUGAGAAGAUUGAGACAAGACCAGCGUAUGAUUGGAAGAGUCUGUUGUCUGAUGUCGGCGGACAGGCAGGGUUGUGGCUGGGCUUCUCCCUCCUCACGCUGGGUGAGAUUCUAGAGCUGAUCGCGGACGUUGUCAUCCAUGUUGCCACCAAAGUAUGUCAGCGGGAUCAAAUCAAACCGUUCACUCUGCAUCGCUAAGAUCACUUGCUGACUUCGACGGGGCUUAAUGCCCGCCAAAACUUUCCUCACAUACCAGGGAUGAUCUACAGCACAACAAUCAGAUAAUCUACGUCUUCUAUUCUCCCUGACAUACGAUACCUCUGUGUGAAUAACAGACGUCAGAUGAGUUUUGUAAUAGGGCAAUCAACAGGGUUCUAGAUAGGAGUGAGCGACGCAUUCAGAGGACAAGUGUGAAAUCUGUAUUUCGAAAACUAAGAAACUAGAAGUUUCGACAGCAACAAUAAUAACGUUGUGUACACACUUUGUCGUUUCUGGCAGCCAUGGAAGCUAGACUCAAUCUGCAUUACCAUGGAAGGAAUAUUUCGGUGAUGCU